GGGAGCAACAGUCACCAUGUUUGCCGCGAGCCACGUCCUUGUCUCAAUGCUUGCUGCGUCUGUCCAGGUCUGGCGCUUCCUGCCCUUCGCCGGCGCCCUCGCUGUCGUCGCCCCUCGCGCCUCGUCUUCUGCGGGCGUGAGCAGCGUCCUCAAUUCGUCCAGUGGUCUCAUGACGUCGCACUCGAGUCCUGUGGAGACAUCCCUCGAGGGCGAAUCCUACAGUUCAGUCCUCGGCAGUGGCUUCUUAUCGUCCUCCAAUGCCUUGGAGUCGUCCUCCCAGAAGAAUUACCUUCGGUCGUCCUCCAAUGCCUUGGAGUCGUCUUCUGGAAGUAACCACCAAGCUUCGAGCGUCGCUGUUGAUUCUCCGUCGCUCUCCUACGAGGACGAAACACUCUCCUCGGGAUCGAUGUCCGGCAGCGCCUUCUACAGCUACCACCACAGCUCGUCUCUCAGGAGCGGAAAGACGCCCUCCUCCUCGUUCUCCAGCCUUCACAUGGCAUCCUCCUUCAGCAGCGACAACCUAGACUCCUCCUCCGGGAGCGCCCUCGCCGGCUCGUCCUUCGUCAGCGGAUCCCUGACCUCCAGCAGCGCCCUCGCCGGCUCGUCCUUCGUCGGCGGAUCCCUGGCCCCCAGCAGCGCCCUCGCCGGCUCGUCCUUCGUCAGCGGAUCCCUGGCCCCCAGCAGCGCCCUCGCCGGCUCGUCCUUCGUCAGCGGAUCCCUAGCCCCCAGCAGCGCCCUCGCCGGCUCGUCCUUCGUCGGCGGAUCCCUGACCCCCAGCAGCGCCCUCGCCGGCUCGUCCUUCGUCAGCGGAUCCCUGACCCCCAGCAGCGUCCUCGCCGGCUCGUCGUCCGACAGCGCUCUCGUCGGGCCCUCCGCGCCUGCCUCCCACCCGGCGUCCAAGUGAGCGGAAGGCGAUGUCUUCGCUACAUUUCGCCGAAUUGUAGGAUUUUGUGGAAGUCUGUAGCAGUUUUUUGCUUUCCUUUUUCUACAAGGAUAUUCCCACUAGUUGCAGUAUCUUAUUUUUAUGUAUCAGUUUUCUCCAAUAUACGAGGAUAUGCUCGCUAUUUGUAGCAUAUAUUGUAGGAUCUUGUGGCAUUCUUCAGUAGCUUUUUCUUUUUUUCUUCUUGCUAAUAUACAAAGAUAUUUCUGCUCUUUGUAGCAGAAACCAUAUGACCUUGUGGUAUAUUCCUUUUUUCUCUCUCUCCCUUUCUGCAAAUGUGCAAGAUUAUAUCUGCUAUUUGUAACAUAUCCAUUAGUAUUAUCUUAAACAUGUAUUUACUUGCGACUGUUGAUCCCCGACGAAAAUGCUGCCGCUUAAUAAAUCAGCUGAUUGG